UGGCUUAUUCCAUUCGUUAGAAAAACGUCAAAGAUGGCGGCGCUCAUAUGGGACAUACCAGAGGGAGAAAAUCAACAAUCUAAGGAACCAGAGGAGCUCUCUGUGUUUGGUUAUGCUUGUAAAUUAUUCAGAGAUGACCGGAAAGCCUUUUCCAUCGACGAAGGAGAACAUCUGAUACCAUGGAUGGGAGAUUCCAGUCUGUUGAUUGACAGAUAUGAUGGAAGAGGUCAUCUGUUUGACCUUUCAAAAUAUGAUGCCAGUCAUGUUAAGAGGGCGGAGCUAUCAGAGGAAGAUAAACAGAUGGAAUCAUGGUGUGACGAGGAAAGAUACCUGGAACUCAAAAAUGAUCUAGCAGAAAAAAAGAUGUAUGAAGAGGAAGAAUGGAAGAGAUAUUAUCAGUCUUUAUCAGAAGGUUUCAAUGCUGUGGGAUUUAGCUACGACCACCAACAUCACCAAGACUACAUGGAAACACAAGUACAAGAACCUGAGCCCAUAUUUAUAGUACCAGAAGAUUUACAGGUCCCUACAGAAAUGGAAGUCCCUGAAUCAGAAAAACAACAUGCGUUUAUAGAAAAAACAGCCAAGUUUAUUGCUGGUCAUGGCAUGCAGAUGGAGAUUAUAAUAAAGACCAAACAAGCCAAGAAUUCUCAGUUUGAUUUUCUACAUUUUGAGGAUCCAUUAAAUCAGUAUUAUAAACAUAUGGUCACCAUGAUAAAAUCUGGGAAAUAUAAACCUAAAGAGAUUAAAGAGGACGAUGAUGAUAACAAAGAUGAUGAUGCUCCACAUAGGCAGCAUGGAUAUUUACAUCCCAGUUUAGUGCAGACACACACGACCAAGCCUAACUUAGCACCUGCUGUCAAGAUGCCAGCUGUAUCGAUACAUGAUACACCGUAUGGUAAACUGCUCAAACAUCUGAAAAAAUCUACUCCUGACUCUGAUAGAAACAGUAGUUCACCAACACCUAAUCAGGACCAAUACUCAGGAAGAAGUUACUCUCCACAUCCUACGAGCAACACUCCUCCCCCUGAGUCGAGUAACACGUUCAUACAUCAGACCACAGACUACCAUCACAUGCACCCUGGUGUUCCCCCACCCCCGGGACUGGAGCCUGUCACCUUACCAUCGUCUAACCAGCCUCCACCCCCGGGGACAGAGUUAGAGGGACCAUUGAUACCACCACAUCUACAACAACAAGUCAUGGACGAGGAACAUGAAGAGGAAAAACCACCAAGUGUUCAUCAUGCCCCUGUGAUGAUGGGUCCCUCGUUAGAGCCAAAAGUUAUACCACCUCCUCCUGACAUUCAGCCAAUCAUUGAUAGGAUGGCCAUGUAUGUUGCCAAGAAUGGCGUGGAAUUUGAGAUUGUAGUCAGGAGUAAAAAUGAUCCACGCUUUGAAUUUCUACAACCAUGGCAUUCAUACUUUAGAUAUUACAACUCUAAAAAGAAAAUAUUUAUUGAGGAAGUUUUGAAGGAACGAGAAAAACUUGAGAAAGACAAACCUGCCAAACUUAGUUUCUCUAUUAAGAACAAAUCCAAAGAUCAGGACGGUGUAGUAUCGUCAGAGAAGAAAGUGUUUGACCAUGACAGCAGUGGAGAUGAAGAUUCUGAAAGUACGCGAGAUAGAAGUAUAAGAUCUGAUUUGUCUGGAACUUCAACACCUGUUGAUUGGGAAUCGUCCAGUAGAAUAUCAUCAGACGAGAGGCAAUCAGAGAGGUCAGAAAAAAAACUAGCUCAAGAAAAACUAAAAGAUAAAUUGGCAAUGGCUGCUCGAGAGAAGAUGUCUAAAGCCAGUCGAGAGAAACAAGUCCAGGCUGAGAGGAAAAGGAAGGCAGCCAUGUUUAUCAAUAUGUUAAAAUCUACAAAAUCUUCCGAUGAAACAAAAAGUAGGUCAAACUUCACCACUUUAAAAUCUAUGAGUAGAAAUACAGGAGUAGAGAGGUGUUAUCAUUGGCCAUUUCCUGACCUCUGCACUUACUGUAAACACAAUGUUAUAUUGAGAAAUAAAAUUAUUGUUUUUACAGAUGGAGGAACACCUAGUAGUAGUAGAUCACAUACACCUGCUCCAUCAGAGGACCCAAGGGAAGACAGCGAGCCAAAGAGAACAAAAAAGUCUAAAUACUCAAGGUCAAGAUCAAGGUCACCAAAGAGAUCCAAACAUCGUUCAAGGUCACGGUCACCUAGGAAACGGAAAUCUCCAGCACCACCACCUAGUGCCUUCCCUAGUAUACAAAGGUCAGAAUCUAGGUCACCAAGUAGAUAUAAAACUUCCAGGCAUUCUAGUCCAUAUCAAAAGUCAAGAUCACCUAGUCGUAAAAGGUCAAGGUCACCGCCAACUGUAAUAGAUUUAGAUCCACCAACUAAAACAAAGAAGUCAAAGAAGUCAAAGAAAAGUUCAAGGACAAAAUCCAGAUCUCCCAGCAGAAAGUCAUCUAAAAAAUAUGAAGACACUGAGGCAUUAGAUAGUAUAAGGGAGAGAUUAUCAGCUAGUCCGGCGCAAUUACCUACCUCAAUAUCACCAGACAUUUCCACAAGAAUCUCACAGCCAUUAGAUGAAGACAGUAAUAGUACCAUGUCAACUGAUAGUUCUAAAAAUGUUUCUAUUUAUUUUCUUAGUUCCACAAGAAUCUCACAGCCAUUAGAUGAAGACAGUAAUAGUACCAUGUCAACUGAUAGUUCUAAAAAUGUUUCUAUUUAUUUUCUUAGUUCCACAAGAAUCUCACAGCCAUUAGAUGAAGACAGUAAUAGUACCAUGUCAACUGAUAGUUCUAAAAAUGUUUCUAUUUAUUUUCUUAGUUCCACAAGAAUCUCACAGCCAUUAGAUGAAGACAGUAAUAGUACCAUGUCAACUGAUAGUUCUAAAAAUGUUUCUAUUUAUUUUAGUUCCACAAGAAUCUCACAGCCAUUAGAUGAAGACAGUAAUAGUACCAUGUCAACUGAUAGUUCUAAAAAUGUUUCUAUUUAUUUUCUUAGUUCCACAAGAAUCUCACAGCCAUUAGAUGAAGACAGUAAUAGUACCAUGUCAACUGAUAGUUCUAAAAAUGUUUCUAUUUAUUUUAGUUCCACAAGAAUCUCCCAGCCAUUAGAUGAAGAUAGUAACAGUACCAUGUCAACUGAUAGUUCUAAAAAUGUUUCUAUUUAUUUUAGUUCCACAAGAAUCUCCCAGCCAUUAGAUGAAGACAGUAAUAGUACCAUGUCAACUGAUAGUUCUAAAAAUGUUUCUAUUUAUUUUAGUUCCACAAGAAUCUCCCAGCCAUUAGAUGAAGAUAGUAACAGUACCAUGUCAACUGAUAGUUCUAAAAAUGUUUCUAUUUAUUUUAGUUCCACAAGAAUCUCCCAGCCAUUAGAUGAAGAUAGUAACAGUACCAUGUCAACUGAUAGUUCUAAAAAUGUUUCUAUUUAUUUUAGUUCCACAAGAAUCUCCCAGCCAUUAGAUGAAGAUAGUAACAGUACCAUGUCAACUGAUAGUUCUAAAAAUGUUUCUAUUUAUUUUAGUUCCACAAGAAUCUCCCAGCCAUUAGAUGAAGACAGUAACAGUACCAUGUCUACUGAUAGUUCUAAAAAUGUUUCUAUUUAUUUUCUUAGUUCCACAAGAAUCUCCCAGCCAUUAGAUGAAGACAGUAACAGUACCAUGUCAACUGAUAGUUCUAAAAAUGUUUCUAAUUAUUUUCUUAGUUCCACAAGAAUCUCCCAGCCAUUAGAUGAAGACAGUAACAGUACAAUGUCCACUGAUAGUUCUAAAAAUGUUUCUAAUUAUAUGUUACACAGGGUAAGAGCUCUGAUUAAAGCCAGCAAAGAAGCAGUGAAGAAAGAUGAAGAUAUAUUUGAAGACACGUGACAUCAAUAUUUUACAAUUGUUGAAUCAUUCUGUAUUGUAUACUGUUAUCACUCUAAUAAAAAUAGUAACAGUG